GGGUCCUGCUCUGCGACGUUGCCAUCUCGUGGCCUCCAUCCUCCCACCAUUUUAAAGAAAAGCCCAUAAACGGACAAGCUCUGCAACUACUUUGUUCUUCGCCAUCCUUGUCUUCUUGUUCAAACAUCGGAGCUUCGGAUCUUUCCAUCUCCGCGUCUGCGUACGCUUGAUAUAAAAACGAUGGCUUUCGCGUGCUCCGCCCAGAGAAAGGCGAUUCGCAGAGCGGAGGAUAUGGAAAGAGAGGAGAUGGCAGGGAGGGACAGAGCUUGAGGACCGUUCCUCUGUUUCCUCUGUUUCCUCUGUUUCUUGUUCCUGGCCGUCGCGUGCGGAGAGAAUCGGAGGGCGGGAACUGUCGUCGAAUCGGUGGAAUUCGAGUGGAGACUUUGAUCGGUGACCAAAAGGGUGUUCGGAGAUGGGGGCUGCGUGAUGAAAUUCGGAUUGAUUCGUCACUGGAUCGAAUCAGGGCAAUGGCAUGCAGUUCGGUCCAAUUGCAGGAGGAGCCGAGCAUCGAGACGGACAAGCUCAGCUACGAGAUCUUCUCGAUCCUCGAGACCAACUUCCUCUUCGGCUGCGACGACCCCGACCAGAAGAAGCUCUUCGUCCCCAAACGCGCCGACGCACAACCGCAAGAGCCGAAGCCUCGUGAAGAUCUCCCGCUGAAUCGUCUCGAGGUUGACGCUGCGGUCGCGGACCGUCGAGGGAAAAUCUGCAUACUCGCCAUCGAUGGUGGCGGAGGCGGCAUGCGAGGUCUCGUCUUUGGCAAGGCCCUGGCCUAUCUGGAGGGCGUGCUCAAGGCCAAGUCCGGCAAUCCCGACGCCCGAAUCGCCGACUAUUUCGACAUCGCCGCUGGCUCUGGCGUAGGUGGCGUCUUGGCCGCCAUGCUUUUCGCGACUAGGGAGCGAGGCCCAGGCCCGGCACGACGUCCCAUUUCCGAGGCCGAGGACACGUGGCGGUUCCUCGUGGACAAGGGGAAUCGGGGUUGGGCGCUUCCCUCAAACGGCGGCGGCGGAUUUUUCAGGCGGGUGCUCCGCGGCGGCUCCGGUGGUCAGGCGGCGGCAACGGCUGCCAUGGAGAAGGCGAUGAAAGAGGUGUUCAGCACCAGGGAGGGGAGGGACAGGAGGUUUCUGACGUUGAAGGACACGGUGAAGCCGGUCCUGAUCCCGUGCUACGACCUGUCGACGGCCUCCCCGUUCCUGUUCUCGCGGGCCGACGCGCUCCGGGCCGAGAGCUACGACUUCAGGCUCUGGGAGGUGUGCCGGGCCACAAUGGCGGAGCCGGGGUCGUUCGGGCCGGUGGAGAUACGGUCCACGGACGGUAGGACGCGGUGCGUGGCCGUGGACGGGGGGCUGGCGAUGAGCAACCCGACCUCGGCAGCGAUCACGCACGUGCUGCACAACAAGCGAGAUUUCGUGCACGUGCGGGGGAUGGAGGACUUGCUGGUGCUGUCGAUAGGGACGGGGCCGGCGGCGGAGGCCGGGUUUGAGUAUGAGAAGGUGAGGAAGUGGAGGGCCAAGGAGUGGGCUCGGCCCGUGGCACGGAUCGCCGGGGAUGCGUCGGCGGAUAUGGUCGACCAGGCCGUGGCCUUGGCGUUCGGUCCGCGGAGGAGCAGUAAUUAUCUAAGGAUUCAGGCGAACGGCUCCAGCCUCGGCCGGCCCGGGCGCGGCAUGGAUAUGGACCCGAGCCCUAAGGAUGUGAAGGUGGCGACGGCUAUGGCGGACGACAUGCUGAAACAGAAGAGUGUCGAGUCGGUGCUCUUCGGCGGCAAGAGACUAUCGGAGCAGAGCAACUACGAGAAACUGGAUUGGUUCGCGGGCGAGCUCGUGCAGGAGCAUCAGAGGAGGAGCCGUGGAAUCGCUCCUGCCGCCGCUGCGGCCGCUGCCGCUCCUCUCAGGCAAGCCGCUCUGAAUCCCACCUAAGCUGUGGUCCCAAGAAUUUGUGAGAAUCGAUCCAAAAGAAAGGUAACUUUUUUCCCAUUACAAUCACUAUCUAGAUCUAGGUGCCGAUCAAAAGAGAUUGCAGAUUUUUUGAGGAAACUUCUUCUCAGCAUCGACAGUAAUAUUGGGAAUUUCAUUUUGAUCAACGGAAAACAAGUUUUACAAGUUGCUAGAUACAUUAGAUUUCGCAUCUUUCAGUCUUGUGGAGCUGUUCUUUGAGUUUUUUCACGCCAAUUCAUGCAUGUAUAAAGCCAUACAAAGGAAAUUGUAAUCCGGGAAACUCAUGACCUUUGGUUUCUCUUCUCAUGUUGUUCCUUAAGUUCCAUAAGUGCUUCUGUUGUGGUAAA